UGCGCAAUCCGCACACCGAGACUCCGAGGCCAGCCAGGGACCCUGACUCCCGCUGCAGACACCCUGUCCCAGCGAGACCACAGGCAUGUCAUCGGAAAAGUCAGGCCUCUCAGACUCAGUCCCUCACACCUCUCCACCACCCUAUAAUGCCCCCCAACCCCCGGCUGAACCCCCAGCCCCACCCCCACAGGCAGCCCCUUCCUCUCACCAUCAUCACCACCACCACUACCACCAGUCCGGGACUGCCACCCUCCCGCGCUUGGGGGCAGGGGGUCUGGCUUCUUCCGUGGCCAGUGGUCAGCGCGGUCCCUCAUCCUCCGCCACUCUGCCGCGACCGCCACACCACGCCCCGCCCGGCCCGGCCGCCGGGGCGCCCCCACCCGGCUGCGCUACCUUGCCCCGCAUGCCACCCGACCCUUACCUGCAGGAGACUCGCUUCGAGGGCCCACUGCCCCCGCCGCCGCCGGCCGCCGCUGCCCCGCCCCCGCCGGCGCCCGCUCAUACGGCCCAGGCUCCGGGCUUCGUAGUGCCCACGCACACCGGAGCGGUAGGCACGCUGCCACUGGGGGGCUAUGUAGCCCCCGGCUACCCCUUACAGCUGCAGCCUUGCACUGCCUACGUGCCGGUCUACCCAGUGGGCACGCCUUAUACAGGCGGGACCCCCGGGGGAACGGGAGUAACCUCCACGCUCCCCCCACCGCCCCAGGCCCCAGGGCUGGCCCUGCUAGAGCCGAGGCGCCCACCGCACGACUACAUGCCCAUCGCGGUGCUGACCACCAUCUGCUGCUUCUGGCCUACGGGCAUCAUCGCCAUCUUCAAGGCAGUGCAGGUGCGCACGGCCUUGGCCCGCGGGGACAUGGUGUCUGCCGAGAUCGCUUCCCGCGAGGCCCGGAACUUCUCCUUCAUCUCCUUGGCGGUGGGCAUCGCAGCCAUGGUGCUCUGUACCAUUCUCACCGUUGUCAUCAUCAUUGCGGCUCAGCACCAUGAGAACUACUGGGAUCCGUAAGGACGCACCCGGCCUGGCCCCGCCCCGCGCCCCUCAACCUCCCAAGCGCGUUCUGCAGCCACGCAGCGGAUCCAGUGGGUGCCCCGCAAACCUGCCUCUGGGACCACCGAAUUUCGAUACAUCCUAAACUCUGCCUCCACGGAACCUCUCGCCUUGCGGGCACGCUCAGAUUCCAGUUCCUCAGGAACCCCGAACCCCCCCCCCCCCCC